AUGGAAGAUGUUCUUGAUCGACUCCGCUCUUUCCCCCCAGCGGACACGGACACAACAUCUUACGAACUCUACGAUACGCACGCUUACGAAUUCCUGAUCUCUACGCGAGAGAAUCUCCGUAGUAUCCUUGACUCCCCAGAGAAAGUACAAAGUCUACUAGACGCUCUUGAUCCUUCGGCCCACUCUCUCGCCUAUCUGCUCGUCUUACAUUCCUACGUCAACCGAAUCAGAAGAAAAGGCCUGAAUGUGUCACCAGAGGACCUGAAACCUGGAAACUUGCUUUGGUCGAGGACGGUGACGUUUUUGAAAACGUUCGACCCGAAUCAGGUCCGAUGUGCAGCAAGCGAAUGGCGCGUCGUAAUAGAGUUUAUUUCGAGAGUUGCUGAAGUUGACAACAAGCCGUUCCUUGCGAUUCGCCCUAUUCGAGACUCAAUCAUCCGAAUGGAUCCAACAUGCGCCAGCUUUACCGUGUCCCACCUGUACCUGACUCGUUUGUGUCUGUUGGCUAAGGCAUACAAGAUUGCACGCCCAAUUAUUGAUCGAACGAUAUUUGCAAUUCCAAGCUCAGCAGAUCGACUCUUUAUACAGCACUCACAGGGUGAAUCAGACACCAACGCCGCCAAACCUCCAUAUAUAUUUGAACCACCCAUGAAAAUCACAUACACGGAUCAUCUUCAGUACUUUCUCUACGGUGGAAUGAUUUACAUGGCACUGAAAGAGUGGAGCAAAGCUCGUCAUUUCUUAAGCAUUGUGAUAUCUUGUCCUGUGGUGAAUGCUGUUAGCUUGAUCAUGGUCGAAGCUUACAAGAAAUGGGUAUUAGUAAAUCUUCUCGAAAAUGGCACGACCGCGUCAGUGCCCAAGAUUACCUCGCCUGUUGCACUAAAGACGUACAGAGCACUUGCACGUCCUUACGACGCAUUAGCGACUACUUUCAUAUCAGGAAAAUGGGAAAGAUUGAGAGAUGAAGCACAAAUUGGGGACACAGUAUGGCGUAACGACAAUAACAACGGUCUAGUACAACAAGUGCUUCUGACUUUUCGCAAGAAGGCAGUGCGCAAUCUCGGCAACACUUUUGCUGCAGUCACAACAGCAGAUGUCUCUCAGCGAGCAUUGUCAAACAGCAUGAAUGUACAAGAAACUGAACGAUACAUCGUGGCCCUCACAGCCCAGGAAGGAUUCUCGACUUCCUUGAUACACCCAUCCAAAGACUCAAAUACCUCGAUGCUCCGUUUCUUGACAGGUCAAUCCUCCGAACCCAGUAUCGAACUCGAAGUCUCCCUGGAGGAACAAUUGCGAUCACAGCAUAAAAAGCUGGAGCUUCUCAUUCAAAACAUAAAAAAUAGUGAUAGGAAAUUGGAGUUUACUAAGGAGUAUAUCAGCCAUUUGCGUAAAGCGCAGAAACGAAAUGAUGGCGCCUCGAGGGAUGCUGCUGGUGGAUUCGGUGGUGGUGGUAGGAAGAGGGAGCAGAAUGUUGAUAUUGAUGAGGACAUGAUGGAUGAAUUGCAAUGA